AUGACCACCUCCAUCAACUCAACAAACUCAUCCAACUCAGCCUGGUGGAGAUUCUGGAGGGACAGAUCCUCAUCAUCCUCAUCAUCAUCAUCCUCCUCCUCUUCUUCCUCCUCAUCUUCAUCUUCCUCUUCUCUUCAUUUCCAACCACCCCAGCCAGCCGAAUUCACACUAAUCACUCCAAGCCUAUCUCACCAAUACCAUCAUCAUCAUCAGCAAACCUCAAACGAACUCACAACUCAUGACGAACAAACACCACCACCCUACGACUCAUUCACCUCAUCCGAUAUCACUCCCACCCUCCAACGACUACUCGCAUUCUGGAACCAUACCACCCAACAGGACUCACUCAAUGCUGACCUAGGACUACUCAACAACAACAACCAACAACAACAACAACAACAACCAACAGCAACACCACCACCACCACCACCAUCAACAACAACAACAACAACAAAAACAACACAUGAGAACCCACCCGAGAAAGACCUGGCUGAAACCAAAGAUGAACCGGAAGAAGAAGAAGAAGAACAAGAACAAGAAGAACAAGAAACAAAAAUCAAAAAGAAAGAACAACAAACACCUAUCAGACCAUCCUUCAGACUACCCAAACUACGCAAACAACCACUCAAUCCGAUGCACAAACUACUCUUCAAACACGACGGAAGACUAUUCCUAAUCGACAAGACUCACUCCAACCCAUCCUCAUCCACAACUCACUCACUACCCACCCUACUCAACAACUCAUCACACCCUUCAUCCAACAAGAAUAACACAUCAUCAUCAUCACCAUCUUCCUCUCCUCCAAGCCCACGACCACCAGCCCCACCACCACCACCACCAUCACUACCACCAGGACCAGGACCAGGACCAGACUCAAUCCCUAACCCACAGCCCUCCGCUUGGUGGCUCGAUAUCACCUGUCCGACUAGCUCAGACAUGCACCAACUCCGCAAGAUCUUUCCCCUCCAUCCUCUCACCAUCGAAGACAUCCUCCACCAGGAUACGCGCGAGAAGACCGAGACCUUUCAUAGCCUGGGAUACUAUCUGAUCUGUUUCAGAGGCCUAGACGAGUCGAGCUUCAAAUACGAAGAUGAUGAUGAUGACGAAGAUAGUGAUGAAGACGAAGAAUUAGAGAUCCAGCAGCAAGCGAUGAUGAUGGAGCGAGAGGAGAAGGGACGGGCUGCUAAUGGAGCCGAAGCGAAUCCGGCCACUAGCGGCAAGAGCACCAGUCUGAAGAGUCGGACACUCAACAGCUCCAGGGACGGGAUCCUACUUUCGUCGAUGAUCCGCCGACGCAGGAACCCUCAAGCCGGGCCUGCCCGUAAUCGUCGACGCAGGAAAGCUAAGAAGAUCCUCGAGCUCUGCGAGAAAAUCGAGCCCCUUCAUCCGAAUCUCAAUCUUCCCCACAAUAACACAACCACCGUCUCCCCAAACAUUCCCCAGCUUCCCAUCAAUUCUCCUCAUCUGCCUCCCACCCCCGAUAUCAAUCAUCAUCAUCAUCAUCAUAAUAAUAAUAAGGUAGGCACCUUGGACGGCGUAGGCGUGGGCGCUGUCAAUUUGUAUCUCGUCGUCUUUAGGGACGGCAUCAUCUCCUUUCAUUUCGAAAACUUGCAGAAACAUAUCGAUCGUGUCAAAGAAAGGAUUCAUAGCUUUAGCUCAAAUACCGGACAUAUAUCUCCGCAUUGGAUAGCGUAUGGAUUAAUGGAUUCGAUAGUGGAUGAGUUUUUCCCGGUGUUAGAGUUAAUCUCGAGCGAGACGGAGAAGAUUGAGGAGUAUUUACUCGAGGAGCCAUUAAGAAGUGUUCGAACGGAGGGCAGGGGUGACGGACGGAUGAGUUCGGGGAAGCGGAAGGAGCACCGAGGGAAGAAAGUUCAGAAUGGGAGUAUGAUGGGUGGACAUGAUCAGGGGGGGAUGGGGGAGCGGUUGAAGACGGACUCGAUGAUCGACCGGUCGCGGAUGCUGAAUCGGAUCACCCUCAAUCGGCGCUUGGUCGUCUCCCUGGCCCGACUGAUUGCCCAGAAACAUCAGACCGUCGAGGCCCUGCGCAAGCGGAUGAGCGUCGACGAACUUUCGGCUCGGCCUGGGGCACCCGCACGCUCCGGCGAACUCGACGGCCGCUCCAUGGAUAUCGGCCUCUAUCUCGGCGACCUUCAAGAUCACAUCGUCGGGCUCAGUCAAGCGCUCUCGUUCUACGACACCUUACUCUCGAAUGCCCAUUCGACGUAUCUCGGGAUCUUGAGGGUCGGAUUACAUUCGGCCAAACAAGCCCAAGACGUGAUGAUCAUCCGGCUCUAUCUGAUCACCUUGAUCGUCCUGCCCAUGAACACCCUCAUCGGCCUGCAUUCCAUGAACAUCCAUAUCCCCGCUAACGGCGACAUGGUCUCUCAUAAGUUAAGCGACGGCUCUCAGGCCCCCUUCAUCGUCUUCGCUAUCAUCAUCGCUGGAUGUGUCGUCAUCGGCGCUCUCUUCAUCCUCUUUAUUUGGAACGUCAUCUUCUCGCAAUCCGCCGUCUCCUUCAAUCGCUCGUUCCCUAAACUGUUCUAUUUCUUAUAA